AUGAAUCGAAGUAUUGUUAAAUCUCUGGAGAACAAGACCAUUCUUAUUACUGGUUCCACUGGCUUUCUAGCAAAAGUUCUUGUGGAGAAGUUACUUAGAGUUCAACCUAAUCUGAGGCAUCUCUUUCUUCUUUUAAGAGCUCCUGAUUCGAGGUCAGCCGCUCAACGUUUGCAUACCGAGGUGAUGGGAAAAGAGGUAUUUAGAGUGCUGAGGACUAAACAUGGUGAUGAGUUUAACUCCUUUAUGUCUCAAAAGGUAACGGCAAUCCCCGGAGAUAUAACAUUGGAAAAUUUUGGGUUAAGAGAAGACUCUGAUUUGCUAAAAAAGUUGUUGAAAGAAGUUGAUAUUGUUGCCAAUUCUGCUGCUUCUACCAAGUUUAACGAGAGGUACGAUGUAGCGUUGGAGGUGAAUACUAUUGGAGCUAAGAAUGUUUUGGAUUUCGCAAAGAAGUGUGUGAAACUAGAGAUGCUAAUUCACAUAUCGACUGCUUAUGUGUGUGGGGAGAAAUCUGGAACCAUAUCGGAGAAACCAAUUAAGAUGGGUGAAACGCUGAACCAAACCUCAGAAGUUUUGAACAUUGAAACAGAGCUGAAACGCAUGCAAAACUGCUUAAGAGGAUUCAAGGCCGAGCAAGUCUCUAUAACAGAAGAAAAAGAAGUCAUGGAAAACUUGGGGAUCCAGAGAGCAAGAGCAUUUGGAUGGCCAAAUACAUAUGUAUUUACAAAGGCAAUGGGAGAGAUGCUAAUUGGUGAAAAUGGGGGAAAUGUUCCAAUUGUUAUCAUAAGGCCUACCAUUAUCACCAGCACUUACAAAGAGCCAUUCCCUGGUUGGUCCGAAGGUGUUAGAACAAUUGACAGUUUUCUAGUAGCUGGUGGUAAAGGAAAGUUACCAUGUUUUCUUGGGAACACAGAGACAAUCCUGGAUGUGGUACCAGGAGACAUGGUGACGAAUGCAGUAAUAGUGGCAAUGGUAGCCCAUGCAAAUCAUCAAUCACCAAAUCCAUUUGUUUACCAAGUUUGUUCUUCGCAAACAGAUCCAUUGUGCUCCCUAAGAUUGAGAGAUUAUGGCUACAAUUAUUUCAUUAAAAAUCCAUUGACUGGUAAAGAUGGAGAGCCAAUUAAGAUGACUAUGCCUAUUUGUUUCCCUACUAUGGAUAGCUUUCGAAGAUACAUAUAUCUCAACUAUACAUUACCUCUAAAGGUUUUGCAAUUUGUGAAUUUAGCAUCCUGCCAAUAUUUCCGUAAUACCUGCAAGGAUAUGAAUCGGAAGAUUAAUCAAACACUGCGAUUGGUUGAAAUCAAUGUUCCUUACAUAUUCUUCAAAGGAACAUUCGACGAUCUGAACACCGAGAGAUUACGGAUGGCAGUGAGAGCCAACACAAAGGAAGCAAGUAUAUUUUACUUCGAUCCCAAGUGCAUAGAUUGGGAUGAUUACUUCACAAAUAUUCAUAUACCAGGACUUGUUAAAUAUGUCAUCAAACAAUAAUUUACAAACAAAAGGUGAAGUGGUGCGCAAUAGCUUCAUUUUCCAAUUAAGUUGUCAAGAAAAUUCAAUAAUUACUUUAUA